UUGUCGUCAAUCAUGAAAAAACAAAAUUAUUUGAAUCAUUUUUUGGUCCCGAAAAAUUCCUUCCAGUGCGUCAAUUGGAGAAAAAAAAACUAUCCAGUUUUCAAACUACUUUAAUCUUUUGAAGGAGCCCAAUUUUCUAAACUAUUUCGAGGUUAAGAUUCUUGCCCACGAUGCUAUUUUCUACGAACCGCAGAAAUUUUAAAAAUACUUUGUGCGUAAGCAUCGUGUGUUGCGGAAACUUGUCCUAUCGAUUCUUCAAUCACCUGCGUAAAGAACUCCUGGACGAAAAAAAUUAUUACGGAAUAACCGUUUUAAUUUUUUAUCGACUUGAUAUUUUUCUCGUGGUGUAAUCAUAAAAUUAUUACUCUUUUGCUUUGCAAUUGACCUAAAUCUAUAUAAAAGAAAUAAAAAACGAUUAUGAUGAUAAUCUUUAUUGCUGUCCCGGUUAGAGUUGAGCUUCAAUAUACUCAUCCCUUCCCCCAGCCCAACCAACGCGCUAUCCUCUUACUGAACAUGAAUUUCAUCUGUGUCUUUUCUUGCUAUUCCCGCCAUGCCGCCAUCAUCGAACGUAAAGUAAAACUGGGCAAGCAUGGAAGCGUGUAGUGUAGGUUAAGCAUGAAUAUGUUCUACAAAUGUAAACAAUCCACAGGGAGCCAAAUUUAUUCGGAACAAUUUGAAAAAUAUCACUUUUUUUACGGUUACGAAAUUAUUGAUGGCGGGAUUCAGUGCGAUACAAACUUAUGCUUCUGAUUCUGAGGAUGAUGAAGCCGAGUACGAGACUCACAAAAUUGGUGAGACCGCCGAAAAGCUCGGGGGAAGCGAUCAGCCUCCGCGAUUGCCAUUGCCAGAGAGCAUUUUGAAAUUCAAAGGAGUUCCUCAUCAUGAAGAAGUCGUCGAUAAUCCGGCUGAUCAUGAGGGACGAACGAGGUCUUUCAAACACGAACGUGGCAAUUGGGCAACCCACAUUUUUGCCAAAUCUAUACAGUGUACAGGGGUUGACGAUUCUCCCAAACACCUCGUUGAAUCUCUGAACAAAGUAUUGGCGGAAUAUGGGUUGCCGGCUUAUUAUGAGGAAGUUUCUUUCCACAUAAGUCUUCUGUCAAGCAUUGACAAUUUGAAGGCACUUCUAGAACCCUUUGAAAACACGUUUUCAGAGGAGCUGGCAAUUAAGUUGGCGGAAACUCCAUCCGGAUGUCGAAUAAUGAUCGAAUGCUUGUAUUGCAAAAUAGGAAAUAAGUUGUACGAGUUUCGAUUGAAAUAACGUAACUAUCAGCACAAAAAAAGACUCUUUCAACAUGUAUAAAAUAUUUUGUUUCUAUAAUAUAUUUUAAAUAAAUAUAAAGAAUGAA